AUGGACCCUACAGUCAAGUACCUGCUCUCGCUCGGUGCCAUAAGAGACCGCGCCAAGGUAGUUGGGCAGGCUGCAAAGAACGGGAACCUCAACCACUUUGACGUCCACGAGGACAAACUGGAUGACGUUGCAGACUUCGUGACUUCCGUCAUCAAGCGUGACUACGGCCCAGACAAGUUUGACACUAUACCACCACACGGCCGCUGGCAACAUUUUGAAGUCGGCAAUGUCCCACGGAUCUCUGACCUGCUCGAGGAGUGGAAGAAAUCCGGCUGUGACGACAAAGAGCUUACACGUCGAUUAAUAGAUUUGUUCUUCGUAUCAGUGCUCCUGGAUGCUGGCGCAGGUGAUCACUGGAAGUAUAUCGAGCCCAAGACGGGAGGAUCGUACGAGCGCAGCGAGGGUAUUGCAGUUGCCAGUCUCUACAUGUUCCUUGAAGGUGGUUAUACCGCCGAGGAGACAGACACACCCCUGGUUGAUGGGAAAGGACUAGCUCAAUUGACGACCGAAACUCUCGCCAAAGGUCUGCAGGUCACAGAGAGCAACCCUAUGCUAGGAGUGGAGUCUAGGGCAAACCUACUUCGGGGGCUUGGUAAAUCGUUGCUGGCCCACCCCGAUAUUUUUGGAGCUGCAGGUCGCCCAGGAAACGCUGUCGAUUACUUGUUAGAGUCCGCUAGCGACCCCGCAACGCUCGACAUCCUCGUCUUCUGGGACCUUCUCCAGACGCUGCUGAUUCCAAUUUGGCCUCAAGACCGCACAACCAUCAACGGAUCCCCUAUCGGCGAUGCCUGGCCACUUGGUGCCCUAGCAAAUCAAGCCGGCUCUUCACACACAGACAAGAGCAACCCAGAAUUCAUCCAACCAUUCCACAAGUUGACACAGUGGCUAACCUACUCGUUGAUGGUUCCUUUCCAACGUAUCCUCAAUAUCAAGUGGAUCAAUGCACAGUCUCUCACCGCUCUCCCGGAGUAUCGCAAUGGUGGUCUAUUCGUCGAUAUGGGUGUUUUAUCGCUCAAGAAGCCCACACUUGACAAAGGCUUGAAGGCCUCUAGAGAAGCGCUUCCACAAUUCGCAGCUGGCGAUGAUGUGAUUGUCGAAUGGCGAGCCAUGACUCUGGUGUUGAUCGACAAACUAUAUCCUAUGAUUUUGUCUCGGAUGGACGGUGCUCACCUCAGUAUGGCACAGUUGCUCGAGGCUGGAACAUGGAAGUCUGGUAGGGAAACGGCGGCGAAGCUGCGUCCGAAGACGAAGUCGAGCCCAAUCAUCAUUGAGAGCGACGGAACAGUCUUCUAA